AUGCAUCUGGUGGACUCGUUCCGCCGGCAGUACAGCCCCGAGAUACUUCCGUACUGCCGGAGAAGCAUAGCUUGCAAGUUCUUCUGCGCCUCGGCAGUUGAGACUCUACAGGGUAUCAUCUGUCUGUCUAAGAUGCGAAAAGGGAUAAAUAUUUCCGCGGCCCUUGGCAUACUGGGCUUCUUCAACCUGUCCCUCAUCAUACAGGUGAUCAUUUUGCACUACUUUAAUGGCAUGGCGUAUGUUCGAGGGCGGUACACUCUCCUUAAAAAGGAUUUGGAAGCUGUAAUAGCCGAAACGCGUUUCCUGAAUCCCAACCGUAUCGGAGUGUUUGUGACCACUUGCUGCAGUCUGGCCGAUCGUUUGGAAGAAAUAGCCCAAGCCCAGUCCGACUUACAAGCUCUCAUCGAACGAUUGCCAAGAACUUACCAAGUGCAGAUUGUCUGCUUCAUCUACACUGCCUACUCAAGUUUGUUGGCCAAUGUAUACGCAAUAUUUACCUUGCACAAGUACGGGGUUACAGAGGAAAUUUUCCCCAACUUCAUCGUCGUUACUUACACUGCUCAUUUGGUCAUGUCCCUGGCCGAUUUCUGGAUAAACGCGUACAAUCUAUUCUCCCUGCUGGAUGCCCACGAAGAGAUGAUCAAACUUCUUAGUGAAAUAUCUGUCCUUCAAUCAGCUUUGGAUCAGAGACUCGAGGCAGUUAUCACCAACUUCACUCUGAACCUGGUGCGCCAUCCCAUGAGGCUGCAGUUUCUUGGAUUUUUUGACAUAAAUAGAUCGGCAGCGUUUGCAAUGCUCAACUCCCUUUUGUCCCAGGCCAUAAUCCUAAUUCAAAUUGACAUUCAAAAUAAGUAA